UUGGAGGGGGAAGAAGGGGGGCAUAGGAACUUGAAGGGGUGGAUUUUUCAAAGCAAUGAGGGGGAGAUCUUAAGAAAACUACAGAUUAUCAUCUCCUCCCUGGCACACCCAAGUCUACAACACAUGAGCCGCACCGCCUACACUGUGGGAGCCCUGCUUCUCCUCUUGGGGACCCUGCUGCCAGCUGCUGAAGGGAAAAAGAAUGGGUCCCAAGGUGCCAUCCCCCCACCAGACAAGGCCCAGCACAAUGACUCAGAGCAAACUCAGUCUCCCCAGCAGCCUGGCUCCAGGAACCGGGGGCGGGGCCAAGGGCGAGGCACGGCCAUGCCAGGGGAGGAGGUGCUGGAGUCCAGCCAGGAGGCCCUGCAUGUGACCGAGCGCAAAUACCUGAAGCGAGACUGGUGCAAAACCCAGCCGCUCAAGCAGACCAUCCAUGAGGAGGGCUGCAACAGCCGCACCAUCAUCAACCGCUUCUGCUACGGCCAGUGCAACUCCUUCUACAUCCCCAGGCACAUCCGGAAGGAGGAAGGCUCCUUCCAGUCCUGCUCCUUCUGCAAGCCCAAGAAAUUCACCACCAUGAUGGUCACACUCAACUGCCCUGAACUACAGCCUCCCACCAAGAAGAAGAGGGUGACGCGUGUGAAGCAGUGCCGUUGCAUCUCCAUCGAUUUGGAUUAAGCCAGGACACCCUGCCUGCCCUAGGGAUGCAGCCCCAGGCAGUCCCAGAGCCAGACCUAAAACAACCUGAUUUGAACUUGGCUUAAAUCUAGAGACAAGAAGAACCACCAGCUGCCUCCUGACGGGCACCUGCUAGUGCGUAGUUUGUGUGCAUGCGUCUGCAUGGGUGCCUGUGGCUGUCUGCAGACACCAGAGGAAACAUAGUCUUUGCUGGAGGGCACUUCCUAUCACCUAAAUGAAUCUGCUUCCACAGAGGACGGCCCAGAAAGCCCACACCACCCCCGGCAUUUUCAAAGGUGCAGGUCUGAGCUCCCGUUCUGCCUUUGUCUUCUAUGUGCCCUCCUGGGGACUCUCCCUUUAGAAUGAAUGUUGUUGGAAGAGGCCACUCUUGAGGGCAGGAGACCUGUGUUAGUGCUGUAUUAGACUUGGAAGGGGUAUUUCAACCUGUGCUUGCUUCCUGCCUUCCUCCUCCCUUCCAUAGUCAACCCCUUUGUAGGAUCUCAGUGACUGUUUCAAUCUAAUCUCCUGUUUGCCAAGGGUCUGCCUCUGCUGGGUGUCCCUGACAGUGAAGAACCAGAGGAGAGCAUGGAGGGCCUGCUCCAUUCUAGCUGGAAGAAUCUUUGGUUAUAGCCAUUGAGAGAAGUUUGAGCUGGAGAGCAGGACAGAGUGAGGAAGUAAGGAGGUUGCUUCUGGCUAAGGAGUAGUUCAAUGCCUGGGAGGAGAUGUGACCUUCCCUUCUUCCUUUGCCCCGUGAGAGCCUAGUGGGAAGCCCCGGUAAGAAAUCCGAGCAUUUGGGUUCAUUAGCUGUCAUGGUAACAUUGGUGGGAUUCAUGGAACAUUGUAACUCUUGAGAGUAUACUGGUAGAGGCUGUCCUCUGAUUAAAAUUAAACUUGGGCUACUUCUCAAUAGCUACUUAAGAUUUGUGUAAUGGCCAAAGUGUGGUGUGGGUGAACCUUACUGCAUUUUGGGUUUGGCUAACCUGUUCCCUUCAAGUCUGAGGUUUUAAAAGUAAACGGCACCCCGCCCCCCAACACUUUUUUUUUUUUGUCUUGUAUCAUCUCAGCCUCACCACCCAAGUCAUGUGUAACAUGGGAAACCAAUACCAUAGACUCGUGUUUCAGUUGCCCAUCAAGGCUCCAGCAUUCAAAGGCCCAUUGUAACUAAAGAGGCUGUUUUUAUUUUAUUUUUGUUUUGGUUCAGUGUUCUCCCAUUUAACAACUAAACAAGAACCAUACUUUGCAGCAGAAGUUAUUUUGAACACCCAAAAUGUUGGGUCUAAUUUUAAAACCUUUAAACUCACUACUGAUGAUCCUACUACACUAGGUGAAUUUGUGCAUUUCUUAUACACUCUAUGCCCCUGCCCUAAAUCUUUCUAGCAUUCACAUCCUCCAGCAAUAAACCACAGAAUGGAUUUAAUUAAGCACACAAAUGCUAAGCCAGAAUUUUUGAGGGUGGGGGAAAGGAAGAGAAAGGGAAAGGAACUAAAAAUGUAAAACCAUACUCGAGGAAAAAUGACAUUCAGAACCAGCGUCACUGAAUUUCUCUUGGUUUAACUGUGCCAUCAGCAUGCAGUUGUGUUAAAAGAGGCGACUUAAAUUGGCAGCAGUAAUCUUUUAGUAGCUUGUACCACUUCUUGCAUGUAAGUUGAAUUUGGCUUAAGUAAAGAGAAUUUCCUCAAAAUGAACUUCACUGGGAUAAUCAGCAGCAUAACUGCCCUAAAAACACAGCCUCGCCAAAGAGGGAACCGUCUGCUUUUCUUACUGUGCCUAUAUUAAACUCUCACAAGUACGGGUGUGUCUCCCAACAUGUAUUAAAAGUGCCAUAUCUGUUACAUAGUGUAUUGGAGUCACCAAUGAUGUACUGAUAUGUUUUUUCAUUACUAUAGUAGAAUUUUUUUUAAGUGGCAACUAUUUGCAAUCUCAAUCUUUCCUAUUAAAAUAAUGCCAAACACCACAUAUGAAUUUUAUGAUGUACACUUUGUGCUUGGCAUUGAACGAGAAAAACACACAUCCUGCAAGUCUGUAAGUUGUUUUUGUUGUUGUUGUUCUUGUAGUUCUUCAAAGUUUAAAAUGUAAGUGAAAAAUCUGGAGGAAAGGAUAAUUUCCACUGUGUGGAAUGUGAAUAGUUAAACAAAAAGUUAUGGUUAUUUAAUGUAAUUAUUAAUUCAAAUCCUUGGGUCACUGUGAUUUCAAGCAUUUUUUUUCUCCUUUAUUUGACUUCCUUUGAGUUGAGCGAAGAAGAGGCAGGCACAUUGUAUGCUGUCGGAGGCUUUUAUCAGGUCAGCGGGAAAUAAGAUCUUGACACAUCUGAACAUGCAUUACAGAGUCCAGACCUGAGCUUUUAUUUUUUUAAAUUGAAUGUUCCUUAAAGGUUAACAUUUAUGAGGCAAUAUUAAGAAUCAUUUUGAAUGUUAUUUUGGAAGACUUAUGAUGUGUGUGUACAAAUAGUGGAUAAUAAUGAAUAGUUCGCAAGUCCUUUUAAGGAGAAAAUCUAAAAUGAAAAAUGUGUGUGCAGAACAUUUAUAAGUGACAAGUUAAUGCUUAAGAGUGAAAGUAGUUCUAUUGAUUUAUCAUUCUCAAGAUAUUUAAUAUCAACUGCAUUGUGUAUUAUGUCUGCUUUAAUCAUUUAAAAACAACAGAGGAUUAUAUAGACUAUGAUUAAGGUACUUUGCUGUGUAUGCAGAGGAGAGGGAAUUUGAUAGUAUCAUGAAAGUUAAUUUGGUUUUAAGCAAAGUUUUAUGAAUCUGCAACUAGAAUGUAAUUUUACCCAAAUUAUGUUCUAUAUAACCUUUCCCAAAGAGCAAUAAAUAGAACCUCUUCUCUCUC